AUGGCAGGUUGCAGAGAGACUGCUGCGAAAUUCGUCUUCCCAUUUUUUCUGACGACCAAGAGCCUUCAGAGCUUACGUCUGACCAUUGGAAGACUUGUUGACGGCAUUCUUCUGCCAACGUACGGACAUACCGAAAGAGAGCAGGCGCAAGGGUCCAUGAUGCUACUUUGGAACCUUAGUCUGCACUCGCGCUGGAGUCGGAUCCGCAAUAUCGAGUUGGAGAUAGCGACUGAUCGGAAUACGCUGCUAAAGUUUCUGCUCGCGCACAAGGAUACGCUACGCUUUCUCACACUUACACGCACGUCUCUUGUACGACUGGGAAACCAUCGAAAUAUGUGGGAGCCAACUCUUACGGAGAUUGGGCGAUGUCUCCGCCUCGAGUCACUCUCUCUCUCGACGCUCUGCGACACGCUACAAGACUGGGGUCCAGGUGUUCACGAACGCAUGCUGUUCGAUGUAGACGACUAUAUUUGGGAAGGCAGAGCAAGUGAGUACGAGGCAUAUCAUGACAGAGUGGUUGCAUGUGUACUCCAUGGGGAAGUCAUUGAUUCCCUUCAGCCCCAGGGUGCUGGGGCUAGACAACCGCAACACGAUACAAGUGCUGUAGUAGCGGCACACUCGCUCUAGAGAUGACUUCCAGCUCAACCGGGAUAUCCACAACAACUUUAGGGUCCUUACCCACGCCACUUCAUGAUCACGCCCUACCUCCACG